UUGUCCCAGACGCUCGGCACAUAUAUGUGUGACUGUUGUCCUAAGAAGCCCAAGAAGUUCAAGACCGAAGAUGAAUUGAGGCUCCACGAGAACGAGAAACAAUACACGUGUACGUACUGCAGCAAACGGUUCAAGAACAAGAAUGAGGCGGAGCGCCAUCAGAACUCCCUCCACUUGCGCCUACACUCGUGGUCUUGUGCUGCGCUGUCCGGCCCAGAGGCCGCGUUUCACACGUCCUCCCCCACCGACAACACCGACGCUUGCGGAUAUUGUGGGCAGGAAUUCUCCAAUCCACCGCGCUGGGACAUUCGUGCCGAGCAUCUCAACCACGUUCACAAGUUCGGCGAGUGCAACCAGUCGAAAAAGUUUUUCCGAGCAGAUCACUUCCGCCAGCAUCUGAAGCAUAGCCAUCGCGGCACAGGAGGGAAAUGGACGAAUAUUUUGGAAAGUGCGUGCAUGAUGGAUGAGCCGAUGCCGGAUAAACGG